AAACCCAUACCUACACCCCCAACGGCUAGUUCCCCGUGGCAGCCGCGGCCAAUCCCAGCCGUCCGAUGCGCCGCUUCUGACCGUUGCGAUUCGAAGCCCUCCCGACCGUUGGAGCAGCGACCGCUCCUCCCCCGACCCCACCUCCCCGCUCCACCACGUAAAAGGCACGCCGCCCGACAGCGGAUCGGGCACUGCCCUAGCGCUAUAUCUCGCCCCUCCUCCCGGCGCCGCCUCCAAGAACUGUACCCGUCAGUCCAUUGGCCCCGUUGGUUGACCAGAGCAAGGGUCGAGAGGUGAGGGGAGAAGGGGUGGUGGUGUGCGCGCCCCUGUAGAGCUCGCCGGAGCCGCGGUGGCUGCGCUCGCCGGCGGGGAAGAGGGGUCGCGGGCGGCGCGGCUGCACUCGUUCUUCGCGUCCGUACUCUCCGGGCUCUUCGGCCAGGGCGAGGAGGAGGAGAUGGCGACGCGCAACCAGAACGCCGCUGCCGCUCCGCAGCUGCAGAACAGAGACAAUGUUGCUGCUCUGGGAAAGCAGAAGGCCGUCGUGGCCGGCAGGCCCGACGCGAAGAACCGGCGAGCCCUGGGCGACAUCGGCAACGUCGUGAACGUCCGCCUACCCGAAGGCAAGCCGCUGCAGCAGGCGCCGGCCGCUCGCCCCGUCACCAGAAACUUUGGUGCUCAGCUGCUCAAAAACGCGCAGGCAAAUGCUGCGGCAAACAAGCAGAACGCAAUUGCACCUGCUGCCGUGGCAAGGCCCGCGCAGAGGCAGGCCAGGAAGGCUCCUGCCAAGCCUGCCCCCGAGCAUGUCAUCGAGAUCAGCUCUGACUCUGACGAGAGCAUGAGGCAGCAGUCGGAGAGCAGCGCCAGCUCUGUCCGCAAGUGCUCGAGGAAGAAGGUCAUCAACACCCUCACCUCAGUGCUCACUGCUCGCUCUAAGGUUGCCUGUGGAAUUACUGAUAAACCUCGAGAAGUGAUCGAGGACAUUGACAAGCUCGACGGUGACAAUCAGCUGGCCGUCGUGGACUACAUCGAGGACAUCUACAAGUUCUACAAGGUCGCUGAGAACGAGUGCCGCCCAUGCGACUACAUUGACUCACAGGUGGAGAUCAAUUCCAAGAUGAGGGCCAUCCUCGCGGACUGGAUCAUCGAAGUGCACCACAAGUUUGAGCUCAUGCCGGAGACCCUCUACCUCGCAAUGUAUGUCAUCGACCGGUACCUCUCGUUGCAGUCCGUGCUGCGGAGGGAGCUGCAGCUGGUCGGCGUUUCAGCCAUGCUGAUAGCUUGCAAGUACGAGGAGAUUUGGGCCCCAGAGGUGAACGACUUCAUCUUGAUAUCAGAUAGCGCAUACACGAGGGAACAGAUUCUUGCGAUGGAGAAGGCGAUUCUGAACAGGCUUCAGUGGAAUCUCACUGUCCCUACACCUUACGUCUUCAUUGUGCGCUAUCUCAAGGCAGCAGCAUCUGGAGAUACCAUUAGUGACAAGGAGAUGGAGCACAUGGCCUUCUUCUUCGCUGAACUAGGACUGAUGCAAUACGGGCUUGCGGCGUCCCUGCCUUCUAAGGUUGCUGCCUCUGCUGUCUAUGCAGCCAGGCUCACUCUUAAGAAGAGCCCUCUAUGGACUGACACGCUCAAGCACCACACAGGCUUCACUGAGUCACAGCUAAUGGACAGUGCAAAGCUUCUUGUUACCUCACACUCUACAGCCCCUGAGAGCAAGCUGAGGGUUGUAUACAAGAAGUAUUCCACUGAGCAGCUUGGAGGAGUGGCACUACGCCCACCAGCAGUAGAGCUCUGCAAAUAAAUGGAGAUUAGCUUUGUCUCGUAUUUUGUUUGCUUCUAUUUUAGAGUGCGAUUGAAGGCAAGUCUGACAUUCAUUCGUUUGUAUGUUUGCUUGUUUUGGGAGUCAAGAAAGUUUGAAAUCUUGACACGCUUGCUGUGAUGUUGGUCAGGAGUCAGGGUAUUGUGUCUGACUUCUAAUGGCUAGGAUUUGGUUUUUACUAGUAUGUGAUAAUACACCUUGGUGUAUAUAACUGUCAUCUGGAUCUUGUCAGUAACAGCUCUUGAUAAUUAUGAAUGAUGAUCGAAUUAAAUGUU